UCGUCAUCUUUUCAGUCAGCUUUUCGAAUUCCAUUUUUCUGGCGAAUUUCAAAUGCAAAUUGGGGAUUUAGGGUUUGUUUAUCUAGAAAUCAACUACCGUACUUUCUCAGGAUUGAGGAAUUGCUCUUGGAUUUAGGUGCUUCCGAAUUUUAGUUGUUUUAUGUGUAGCACCAAGAAGUUUCUCAUCUGAUCCAUAUCCUUAUGUCCGGAAAAAGUGUUUCAUACGCUUCACUUAGCAAUGUGGGAAAGGAGGAGAAAAAGGUUCACUAUGAUGAUGAUGAUGACUAUGUCGAUUCUGCAUGGAAUAUGCCACAAGAGGAUACCUGUCCUUCAGGAGCACAGUUCUUGAAGGGGGCUAUUUAUCCAUACCUUGAUGGUUCUGAUGAUUAUAAUGAUGGGGGUUACGAUUCAAGCGAUGAACCUCCGAAUCUUUCACAAGCUAUUAGAACUCCAGAUGUGAAUUUAAAAAAUGUGAUGACAGGAAUUUUUGCUAUUUUAACUGGACGGAAUAAGGUUGGAACUACGGGUCAACACAUGUCCACUUCUAAUGUUUCUUUCCUGGGAUCGGGUAAGAAUGGUGAUACAGUCUUGAAUUCAUCUGUUUAUAUUCCAAGUGCUCCACCUCUUCUUGAGGCUAGUGGGUUCAACUAUAGUGCGUUCAAAGAUGUUUUAGAAGCUGAACCUCCUGAUUGGAUUCCAGAUAGCUAUACUACAGCUUGCAUGCAGUGUACUGCUCCAUUUACUGCACUUACUCGUGGCCGACAUCACUGUCGGUUUUGUGGGGGGAUAUUUUGUCGAACAUGCACAAAGGGGAGGUGUUUGCUUCCUGUUAAAUUUAGGGAGCGGAAUCCACAGAGAGUAUGUGACACCUGUUAUGAUAGGUUGGACCCUUUGCAAGGGGUAUUAGUAAAUACCAUCAGCAAUGCUGUACAGGCAGCAAAGCAUGAUGUGUUGGAUUGGACAUGCGCAAGAGGUUGGUUGAAUCUUCCUGUUGGUCUGUCCAUGGAGUAUGAGAUAUACAAAGCAUCUGUCACAUUGAGGAGUUAUAGUCAGGUUGCAAGGUUGAAUCCUGAGAGAUCUAUACCUUCAGCAAUCCUUAAAGGAGCUAAAGGCCUGGCAAUUUUAACUGUUGCCAAGGUGGGUGCUGUAAUUGCUUAUAAGUUGGGCACUGGGCUAGUAGUUGCUCGCAGAAUGGAUGGAACAUGGUCUGCUCCAUCUGCAAUUGCUUCAGUUGGCAUGGGAUGGGGUGCUCAGAUUGGGAGUGAACUCACAGAUUUUGUAAUUGUCCUUCAUGAUUACAAAGCCGUGAAGACAUUCUGUAGCCGCAUGCACUUUUCACUUGGGGCUGGCUGCAGUGCUGCAGCUGGUCCAGUUGGAAGAGUGCUUGAAGCAGAUAUUCGAGCUGGUGAUAGAGGAUCUGGUGUGUGCUACUCUUAUAGUUGUAGCAAAGGGGCUUUUGUGGGCGUUUCUUUGGAAGGAAAUAUUGUCUCUACUAGGAUAGGCACAAAUCUACGCUUCUAUGGCGACCCGUAUCUCACAGCAGCUGAUAUCUUGCUUGGGGCAGUUGAUAGACCGAAGGCUGCUGAACCUUUGUAUCUUGCCCUUGAAGAUCUCUACUCCAAAAUGCAAUGCUAGGCCUGUUGGAACUUGGAAGUAAUAAGCCUUCGUCAGUUCGUCUUACUUGGUAUCAAGUUUUACUUUCCCAUGUAUAAUUUGUACAUAGUUUUUAUAGAUUUUUACAUUAACAGACAGUACAUAAGUAAAUAUGUGAACAUUAUUUCUGCUUGAAAUUGUAAAUGACCUUCCUCUUCUGCUUUUCCGAAUUACAAAUUGUUGCCAAUAUGAAGACAGUUUUAGACC